GGAAUUUCCACUUCGCCCCCAUCCCAUGGCAUCUUCCAACGACUGGUUUUACGAGUUACUUCAGAAGGAGAGAAACUAGUUCUCUUCAGACACGUACACACUGUCACCUGAGCAGAAGUCUGCUUUCACUCCGAACACUCAUCCGAUUGUAAAAUCACAAGACCGAUAUCAUGGCGUACCAGAUCAAAUACACCUCCACUCCGAUCACAGCUGGGAGUAGCUCAUCUGGCAAUGCCCCGGGGGGAAACGCCCCAAACCCCAGCGGAAACGCCCCAACAACCACUGCUUCCGCCAGUGUGAGCGCCGCAUCUUCCAGCAUCACCCAUACCGUCGCGCUUGACGGUGGCGUGAACCAGGCGUAUUUCGAAAACAACUCUUCCACGUUCACGAAGAUGCGUCACCAUUCAUACCACCGGUGCAUGGCCAAAUUCUCCCCACAGUGACAAUCAUGUCACCAUUCUUCUGAUCCUGGAUCAGGGCCGUGCGGUCCAGGUUAACAUAAGAACUAGUGAAGGGGAUAGAAGGAGCCAGCUUGUGUAGAAGCUGGUGAACUAUCAGCAUUCGUC